AUGGACCCGUAUGGUGGCGGGGACAGCCCAGACUCUGACGAUCGUCAGAUGUCCAUCGCUGCGGGUCAACGCGUGCUGGCGAGACGGCGGCGAAGUCGCCAACGCGCUGCAAGAGAACAACAGCAACAGCAGCAAACUCAGCAGCAAACGCAGCACAGCCGUGAUGAUGCGGGCACGUCCACAUUCACGGGCCAGUCGCUCGCCUCGCUUCUGAGCCACGAGCCCGAUUCAUCUUACGGGGAGCAAGGGGGACAACAGUACUCCAGCGACGAUGAUCAACGCACAGUCGUGCCGUCCACAGAGCACUCGCCAAACCGCUCAUGGGGCGACGCCGUGGAUGUGCAGCUCUCCCGCAGUGACGACGACGACUCGUCUCGCAGCACCGACACCCAGCAGCAGCAGCAGCAGCAGCAACGGUUUCAGCAUCUGCACCAACCACAACAUCAAGAACAGGUGCAGUACGAACAACAUCAAGGCCGACAACACCGCAGCGGAUCGCCACUGCAGCAGCACGUGCUGUCGCCCUCGCCAGUGGCCUCCCCUGAGCGCGGCCCAUCCCAACACGCUGCUGGCGCCCACGACGACUUUGAUCCGGAGAUGUGGAAUAUCCAGCGGCAGGCGUCGCUGCGGCGCCGCAUCAACAAGAGUGAGAACAUCUACAAGGGCGCCGACAAGCUCUCAAAGGAGGUGGCAAAGGAUACGCGCAAAGAUCUGCAGUACACGAUGAAAUACAUGCGCGAGGACAUUCGCCGGACAGAAAAGGAGCUGGAGGAUGUGGAGCGAAUUGAGUACGCGUCAUUUGACGAACUGCAGCGGCGGCUGUCAACGGAACUUCGCAAGCUCGAGGGCGCACGCAACCUUCGGCAGGUGCUGAUGGUACAGCACCCUGAGCGAACAGCAGAGCUGGCGGAGGUGGAGAAGCAGAUUCGCAAUGCGCAGAGCGCUAUCCGCGCCAUCGAGGCCAGCAUGCAAGGCGAUGAUGAGUCGUGGGAGGACGAGGACGAGGAGAAGGAGCACGCAGACACGUUUGACGUGCACGACGUCCCAAACUACCAAGACGCAAACGGCGGCAGCCACGCGCAGACAGCAGCAGCAGCAGCGACAUCAACAUCGCCGCUGCCGGGGGACGUGUCUGGCGCCUCUGCAUCUGCACACAGCCUCCUUGGCGAGUCCCACAACUCGUCCACCAGCGCAUUUGCGUCAUCAAAUGCGUCGCACUGGUCUGAGAGCGGCACCAACCCCGCCCUCGGCGCGUGGGUGGACAGGGAUGAGGAGGCACUGGGGGACCUGCGGGCACGCAUCCAGCGCGCGCUUGCGCUGACAGAGGCAGAGAGCGCACAUGAGGAGAUUCAGGGGCUGGGCGCACUGGCCAGCAAGCUGCUGCAGGAGCGAGAGGACUUGAAGCAGCAGCUGGCGCGGCUGCAGCACGGCGCGCAGGCGGAGAAGAAGCGGGCAGAGGACGCCGCCAACGACGAGAACAACGAGCUACUCAGGAUGGUGGAGGAUAUGCAGGCCGAGCAGGACACCCUGCAGCAGCAACUCGACUCGUACAAGGCGGAGACAGUGAUGCUUGUUGACCACCUCAAGUCAGAUCCCGACGGCACGCUCGUCCUCACCCACCGUGAGCUGCACGCCGUGUACAGGUGCACCGUUGACGCCCGCACGGAGCGCGCACAGCUGCAGCGGGCGCUGGAGACGUUGCGCAAGGACGUUUCAUCCCUGGAGCAGGACGUGCUGGACCGAAACGGGCAAGUGGCCCGGCUCAGCGACGCCCUCAGCGCAGCACGGAACAACCUGCACAUGACGCAAACCGACAAGACGCAGCUGGAGCACGUGCUCGCCACAACAAAGGAGGAGCUGCUGACGGUGCAGGAAUCCCGCGCCGCUGCCGGCGACGCCCUCUCCUCCCUUCAAGCGGACAUGGACGACAUGCGUGCGCGCCUGGCCGAAGAGCAGCAGCGCACGCGCGCACUGCAGGAGGAGCUGGAUGCUGCGCGUGCCGGCGCCUCUGACAGCGCAGCCGCACAGGCUGUGGCGUGGGAGGACGAACGCCGUGCCUUGCAACAGGAGCGCGAUAAACACGCCGAACAUGCAAGGCGGGUGCAGAAGGAGCUGGCUGCCAUGGAGCAGGAGGUGCUCGCACAGGCCACCAGUGUACAGCGCUCGCAAGAAGAGAUGCGUGACCACGUGACCAAGCUGGAGACCGAGCUGUCUGCCCUGCGGCAACGCCACACGGAGCUGCAGGCGCAGUACGAGGACGCACAGGCAAGCCUCGCCAACGCACAACAACAGCAGCAGCAGCAGCAACAACAACACGAGCAACAUCAACAGCAGCAGGCCGACAACAGCGUCAACAACAAUGACAGCAUGCGGGGCGGUUCUGAGUUGGAUGCCACGUGGCAGGAGCAAAAGACAGAGCUCGAGCAGCAGCUGCGUGCGAUCCAGCAAGAGGCUGACCGCUACAAGCACGCGUCGGAGGAGGCAGAGGCCACGCUUGCUGUGACGCGCAAGGAGCUGGAGAGCGCCCGCCACCACGCCGCACACAUGCGCACGCGCGACCGCACGUCCUCUGCACACAGCUCGUCCACGCAGCACACGGCCGAGCUGUCCCUGCCAGAGCCGCUGGCCACCAACCACCGCAAUUGGGUGCUGGGCAUGCAGCACAUGAUGAGUCAGGACAAGCUGCGUGCCAAGGACCUGUUUGAUCGCCUGGACAGCCACGGGCGCGGGUACCUGCAGCUGCGUGAUUUCGAGCGCAGCCUCAAGUGGAUUGACCUGAGCAUGUCUGACCGGGAGCUGCGUGACCUCUUCAACCACAUUGACCACAACAAGGACUCGCGCAUCGACUCGGACGAGUUCAAACGUGACAUCAAGUACAAGUACAACAAGUCCCGCCACGACUACCAUGGCCCUGAGGGUCACGCCCUGGGCGCCGUCCGCAUCACGCCGAGCCAAUCAGAGGACUCGGACGCGUUUAGCAUCGACCUGGACCAGCUGUCCACCGUGGACCAGUACCACACCGCCCUGCAGCGCGCGCUGUCCCGCCUGCAACAGCUGGAGCGGCAGCAGCGGCACGCACUUGACAGUGAAGAUGGCAGCUCCCACGCGCGGUCGGCGUCACCAUCCACCACAGGUGGAGGCAGCGGCACGGGUGACGGGAGCAACGUGCAGCGGCUGGAGCGGGAGAACCACGCACAGCGCAGCGAAAUCAACUCGCUCAAGCAGCAGCUGCGGGAUCUGCAGUUACAGCUGGACGAGGAGGCUGCGCGCAACCUCAACAUGUCUGCAGACAUGCGUCAGUUUGAUGAGUCCAUCAACGCCAGCUUCCGCAGCCCGGCCGAGCUGCGCAUGGAGAAUGCGCGACUGGCGCAAGAAUUGGAGGAGGCCAAGGCCGCGGUGGAACAACUGUCCACCGCGCGCCAACGCCUGGAGGUACAGCACAAGGCGUACAAGCAGCAGAUUGGCGACUUGGAGCAGGACGUGAAGCUGUACGGGGACGACGCAAAACGCCGCGAUGCACACGAGGCGCAGAUGGAGGCAGACAUUGAGGAGCUGCGGGAGCAGAUUGCCCAGCUGGAGAGCGAGAAGACGGCUGUUGGCCGCACGCUCGCACAGGCGGAAGCACGGCUGGCGGCACAGGCUGAGGAACAACGCAUGACCGCAGCAGAUGCACAGCGCACGCUGGAGCAGACGCAGCGACGGCUGCAGGAGGCCGAGGCAGAGAAGGACACACUGCAGGCACGCGUGCGGGAGGAAGAGGAGCGUGCGGCGCGCCUGAAGCAGCAGCUUGCUGACAUGACCGACCAGUUCCAGGCAGCAAGCACGCGCGCAGAGGAGACGGUGCAGUCGCAGAUGCAGCGCGACCAGGAGGUGACGCAGCUGCGGGAACAGCUGGCCAAGGCGAAGAACGAGGCGCAGGUGGCCCAAACACGCCUCAACGCAGAACAACAGCGAGCAACGGCGCUGCAGGCCGAGAACGACGGGUUUGUGCGGCAGCUGAAGGAGAAGCAACGCGAGAUUGAGCAGCAGCAGGCAGACAUGCGCACCAUGUACGACGAGCACACAAAGGUGCUGGCGCGCUGCGAGGUGCUCACCAGCCAGGCCGACGGGCUGGAGCUGGACAAGGUUGCGCAAUCGGAGGACAUGGACAAGCUCAAGGCGCGCGUGGAGGCGCUGGCGCAGGAGGCCGAAGACAAGAAACGCGAGGCGCAGCGGCACCAGGAGGAGUUGAAGCGCGUGAUCCAGGCAAAGAACGAGACGGCCACCGAACGCGACCUGGUGCGCAAGCAGCACGAGGACCUCUCCCGGCGGCUGGCGGACCUGCAGGCGCAGUACGACGGCUUGCAGGCUGACCACGACGCAGCGCUGGCCACGUGCGAUGAGCUCAAGCGCAAGCUCACGGCCGCGGAGGACCAGGCAGCCAAGGCACGGGAGCAGGUGCGUGGUGCUGAGGAGCGUGCUGCCUCCCUUGAUGAGAAGUGCACGCAGCUGCGCAGUGCAGAGCAUGCAACGCACGACAAGCUGUCGCGUGUGGUUGAGGAGCGGCAGCAGCUGCGUGAUGACUUGGAGCAAGCGGUGCAGCGGGCAGAGCGAGCCGAGCGCGACGCACAGGACCUGCGCAACGACGUGCGGGCGGCGCGGCAGGAGCGAGACGACCUGUUGAAGGCACUGGAUGAGGCAAAGUCGAGCAGCAGCGAGGCGCAGCAGAAGGUGCAGGAGGCCGAGCGCGCUGCCAGGGACGCGCUUGCUGCGCGCGUGCAAGAGCUUGAGCAGCAGAAGGACGAGGAACACAAGCGGUGGCAGCGUGAGGUGAGCGAGCUGCAAUCCACGCUGGCAGAGCAGCGCGGAGAGGCGCGCCAGCUGCAGGCCUCGCUGCGACAAGCAGAGGACAGGCUGUCCGCCAGCAUUGAGGAGCGAGAGCGCCUCAAGCACGAGCUGCAAGAGGCGGAGUCUCGGGCCGAGGGCGCAGCGGCAGCCACACGCACCGCUGAGCAGGAUCUUCGGGAGCAGGUGGCCCGUGCUGAGGAGCGGUGCAAGCAGCUGGAGGAGGAGCAGCAGGCGCUGCGGGACAAGUGCAAGAAGGCCGAGUCCGCCGUGGCCAAGCGCGACGCGCUGCACUCCAACAAGGAGGCCAUGUACGCCAAGCAGAUGGAGGGCUUCCAGUUUGAGACGCAGCAGUGGCGCGCGCGAGCAGAGACAUAUAGCUCGCAGCUGGAUGAGUUGCGGGCACAGCUUGCGCAGCGGCAACAGGAGUAUGACACGCUCGCCCAGGAGAAACGCGCCGCCGCCACUGCUGCUGCCAGUGAUGCAACCGGGUCCACAGGUACGGUGCAGCAGCAGGAGUAUGAUGACGCGAUGAACACGCUCAAGGACACGAUGAAAGAGCUCGAGAAGGCCAAGGUGGAGGUUGCGCGGCUGGAAGAGGCGGUGGCGUUGCGCCAGCGCGCGAUUGAGGAGCGAGACGGCCGACUGGAAGACGUGGAGCGGGAGCUGGUGCACCUGCGAAGUGAGGUGGCCACGCUCGAUGCAGACCUCUCACUGAAGAACUCGUACAUCGAGGACCUUGAGGCGGCAGUGAAGGAUCGCAGAGGAUACGCGUCCUCCACGGGCCGCCAGUCUGCCACGUCGCUCGUGUCGUCUGUGCCGGGGGUGGUGUCGCCGUCAUCGCGUGCUGACUCAUCGCCCUCGCAGCACACAGAGCACUCGCCACCGGCCUUUGCACACGAGCGCGCUGGCCGCAGCGGCGUUGGUGGUGGUGAUGGUGUUGGCGGUGGUGAUGGUGUUGGCGGUGGUGGCGCCAGCAGCACGGACGAUGAAGUCGGUGGUGCGCAGGUGACGGCUGCGGGCGAGGGCCAGCGGAAGCGCGGUCCACGCCGCCCACGUCCGGGCUACCCUUCCUCAACCGCCAUGACGCCCUCAACGACGACAGAGGCGUACCGCGACCCAAGGUACGUGCCCGCGGAGGAGGCGCGCGUUGCGCAAGAGGAGCGUGAUCAGUACGAGCACAGGAUUGCGGGCCUGAAGGAGCAGGUUGUGAAGCUGAGGGAGGCGCUGCAAGCUGCACGCGCAGAGGUGGACACGGUCACCCGCAACCACGACCUGCACAUCCAGCACUCGGAGGCGCGCGUGAAGGCGCUCAACGACGAGCUGGCGACGCAGCAGGCGGAGUAUACGCGCGAGCUGGAGCUUGAGAAGAAGAACCACAGGCAGGAUGUCGAUGCGCUGGAGGCGAAGCUGAAAUCGCAGGUUGAGCGGCACGAGGAGGCGUGCAAGGGUCUCAAGUACCGCAUCUCCGCAGACGGCAAGGAGCUGUCCACGCUCAAGCGGCGGCUUGAUGAAUCGCAGAACUCCCUCAACGAGCUCAUCCAGCAGGAGCUGCGGACAGUGCAGCACCUGCGCGCGUUUGUGGCCUGCCACGACUACCGGCCCAUGGAGGUGCACGACGGGUGUGACCGCAGCACCGAGCUGCCGUUUGACCAGGGCGACCUGGUGUAUGUGGUUGGCAGCGCAGACACGGACGGGUACUUUGAGGCGAUUGUGCCUGGCCGCCGCGGCCUCGUGCCCAGCAACUACGUGGAGGAGCUACAGCUGAGCAGGGACGAGCUUGUGCGCAGCGCGCAGAGCAACAAGCCGCUGUGGAACUUUGUGAUUCGCGAGGAGGACGAGAGCAGCGACAAGGCAACGACGUUGGCACAGCCGCCAAACGCACGCGCCUAUGAGGGUGGCGGCCACGGCGGUGGUGAUGAUGAGGCAGUUGCCGCUGGAAGGCAGGAAGAGGAGGCCAGGGAGCAGCAGCGACAGCUGCGGGCGGCCAGGAUUGAGCUUGAGACGCUGCGUGCUGAGCAGAAGCGCCUCAUGCACGACAAGGAGGACCUGCUCAACAGGAUGGAGGUGCUGGAUCUGGAGAACGGCAGGCUGCAGGGCGACGUGUCUGCCCUGUCGGCGCAGCUGACAGCACGCGCGCACUCGGACGCGGACAGCGGCGUGAACAACGAGAGCACGGAGGCACGCGCCGCUGUUGUGCGGUUGGAGGAGCGCCUUGCAAACGAGGAAGAGCUGUCACGACAGUACGGCAAGCAGCUGCGCCUGAAGCAGCAGGAGCUGGAGCGACACCAGCAGCGCGUGUCCGAGCUGGAGCAGCAGCAGCUAGCGGCCGGCCACGCUGGCGAGGAGCAGCGCGGGGCCCUGCAGAAGAUGGCGGUGGCGAUUCAGGACCUGGAGAAGCAGGUGGCAAAGCACAGGGCGGAGGCGGAGGAUGCCACGGAGCGGGCGGCCCACGCCAACGACGCGCUGCGGCGGGUGCGGCGCGAGAUGAAGGAGCAGCUCGAGAAGAAGGACGGCGAGCUCAAAGCGCAGCAGGAGGUGCUGGACAUGCUCAGCAAGUCAUACUCGGACAACAUGACGCGCGACACACCCACACACGACGGCGGCAGUGAUGGCCGCGGUGGCCGACAGCACAAGUCGCAGCAGCGGCGCAUUCGCGAGCUGGAGGACAUGUUGCAUGCCAGCCGGGCGCGCAACGACCACCUGGAACGCAUGCUUGAUUCCGCACACGCGGAGCAGCAGCGCAUGACGGCUGAGAUGCUUGAUCUUGAGUCGCGCUACAUUGUGGAGAGCAUGGAUCACGGCAAGCAGGAGGACAAGGCAGACGCGGGCCGGGCUGGCCGUGGUGACGAUGGCGCUGAUGGUGCUGAUGAUGAAGGUGCUGUACGCGGAAAAGGCGCCGGCAAUCUGUUUGACGACUUGCGCCAAGAGCAAGCCGGUGGUGCCCAGGCAAUGAACAAAGGAGAGCAAGACGAGGAAGACGAGGAAGAUGAGGUGGUGAAGGCGCGUCACGAGUACUCUGUGCAAGGCCGUGUCUCUGACGACAAGUAUCGUCUCCAACAAGGGCUGCGUCGCCAGCGCGAGCGUGGUGAAGGCAGCUUGCGCGGUGUGCCCAUGCGCGCACUGUCACCAACGUCGUCGCUGUUUGUGGAGCGGCGGGCGUUGUCGCAGGUGUCGACGGAGCGCUCUGUGUCGCCGUCGGAGGCGCUGCGUGCCGAACUCGAGGCAGAGGCUGCGGAAGAAGAACAGCAGCAAAAGCAGCAGCAGCAGCAACAGCAGCAGGAAGCGCGUGGCACAACGCGGUCAACGAGCGCGGCAAGCAGCGAGCGGGAUCCACAGACGCGGGAGUUCCUGGCAGAGAUUCGCAAGCUGCAGGAGGUGCUGCAUGAGAAGGAGCAGCACGUGAGCUACCUCGAGCAUGAGCUCGCAGCACUGCAGAAGAAGGUGGCGAGUGGCGAGGGCGAGUCCUCGAGCAGUGACGACGCCGGUGCUGGUGCUGGUGCCGAUGAAGCGGUGGCGGUCAAGGUGCGGUCGCUGCAGUCGACGCUUCAGCAGCUGACAGCGGAGAACACGGAGUUGCAGGACCAGCGCAACCGCGCGCGCUCGCUGAUUGUGAGCCUGAGCACAGCCAUGCACGACACGGCAGCGCGGGUGCAGCACCUGCACACGUCGCGCCAUGUCGAAGCAGUUGAUGACGAGGCGCUGGCAACAGACGUGCAGGCGGUCGUGCGCAGCAUGGAGCGUCUUGAGGCUGCGUACACACAGGGCAUUGAGUUUGCCAACGGCCAGCGCGAUGAGCUUGUGAUUCGCCUGCAGGAGCUGCAUCAGCGCGCACUGCAGCUUGAGGAGGACCUUGAGCGGGCAGAGGACCGAGCAGCGGCAGCAGCCAAGGCGAGACAGGCCAGCCAGGACGACGUGACGCUGGCGCGACGUGCAAGCGUGCAGCUUGAGCGGGAGCGGGAUGCUGCUGCUGCGUCUGUGAGGGAGGCUGAGGCGCGCGCAGUGGACCUGGAGGCAGAGCUGAAGGCCGUGCGUGCUCAGCUUGAGGACACGCGGGCGACACUGCAGGCGCGCAUUGACGAGCUGACAUCCUCGGCGGCAGCGGCGUCGGCGCAGCAUGCACACGAACUGCAGGAGGCACAGCAAAAGUUGGCAGAAGCAGAGGAGCAGCUGCGUACGGAGCAAAAUCGCACACGCGAACAGCAGGAGGGGACGGCCAAGGAGAUUUCGGACCUGAAGCAGCGGCUGGACGACGAGUUGGAACAAAAGGCGCAGCUGCAGGCGAAACUGACAGAGCACAUCACGCUUGUUCGCGCCACGCUGGAAUCGCAGCAGACAUCGUCGCACAGGUGGAACGACGAAGAGGAAGAGGAUGAGGAAGAUGAGGAUGUGAUCGGAGGAGAGGGUGGCGGUAGGAGAGCGAGGGGAGCAACGGGCGAUGAAGAUGAGGACAAGAUGGAGGAGGAUGAAGAGCACGUGCGACGUCUCACAGCUGAGCGCGCACGCCGACGUGAGCGGGUGUCGGCGUUGGCAGCGCGGUUGCAAGUUGAAGACGCCGCCCUGCACAUCCUCGACGAAUCGCAGGACGACAGAAUACUCGAAGAGUUUGACAAGUUGAUGGAGCUCGUGAACCGGGAGCUGGCGGACACGCGCAAGCUGAAGCUUGAGCUCAAGGCGUACCGGCGACGCGUGCAGUCUGAGGAGACAUCGCUCGCACAGGAGAACAAGGACCUGCACACGCAGGUGAUGACGCUUGAGGGCCGGCUGCGCAGUGUGCUGGAGGACAUGCGGCACCAGACGCGUGAGCACGACGACACGAUGCACCGCUUGCAGGCGCAGCUGGAGAACGCCAACACGAAGAUCAGGCGGCUCGACGGCGCGCUUGCCGACAUGCACGCCGAGGUGUCCCGCAUCCACCUUGCUUCGUCGCAGCAGGGGCAAAGCAGCAUGCCUGGCAGCCCGCUGCGCUCGAGCACAACCGACCGCGCGGGCCAGGUGCUGCGCGACUUGCGGGCGCUGCAGUCGACGUACGCGCGCGUGGAGAGCGAGAACCGCGAGCUGCAGUCGGAGGUGCGACGCUUGCGACAACACAUGCAGCAGACACACACGGUUGUGAAGGACGCACAUGCUUUGCGCUCUGAGGUGCGGGAACACCUUCGCACGCCACUCAAGCACGCACGACAGCUGGACGAGCUGAUGCGGGCGGAAGCGGACCUUGCUUCCGACGUGGACUGCCGCUCACACAAGACGCCUGAGCUGGACAGGUUCAUGCGUGCAAGCAUGCGCGAGUCUGUUGUGGGCGGUGCCGGCGAGAAGGCGCCGGAGGACGUGUUGGUGUUUCUGCGGGAGGAGCUUACGUCCUACCAGAAGAUCUUUGAGGAGCUCAGCAGCACGACGAGCCUGCAGGCACGCAUCAUCGACCAGCUCAUGGCAGACAAGCGCGAACUCGCAAGAGACAGGGCGGCCACAACACGCGAGCCGCUUCGCGACGUGUCCAACAGUGGCGAAAUGCACAGCAGCGACCAGCGACCCGGUGACGGUACGCUGCGUGCAUCAGACCUCACCCAGCAGCACCAGCACGCACAGCGCUCAAGCACCGGCAGGGAGCUGCUCCGUGAGACGCACCACCACUACUACUACGAUGCGGGCACGCGCACCAUGCCUGAGCGGGGGCGCGGGCCGACAGCUGUGCACAGUCGCCAGCAGGAGGCGGACGCCGCUCUCAUCAAGGACGUGCAGCGCUUGCACGACCAGCUCACGUCAAAGGAGAAGGAGCUUGCACGAGUGCAGCGUGACUUGUUGCAGCACAUGGGCCUGGUCUCCGAGCAGACGACGGUGAUUGAGCAGCUUGAGAGCGUGCUCAAGUCGCGUGAGCACGACCUCAAGCGCGCAAAGGAGCACAACAACCGCGCGCAGCUGGAGGCCAAGACGCUUCGCCACGCCGUUGUUGAGCUUGAGACCCGCAUCACGUCGGCUGAGGAGGCGUACAAGGUGUCGCAGGACCACUGCGUUGUUGCUGACAGGCGCGCGCGUGACUUGGAGGCGCGACUGAUGGAGAAGGAGCGCGAGCUGCGUGAAAUGCUGACUCAGACCAUUCGCCGUGAGCACGGUGGCGGUUCCGUCCACUCUCCAUCAUCGUCAUCACCGCUCUCGUCCAAAACAACCACGACAGCAGCAACAACGGCGGCAACAUCGCACGAGCUUCGUGUGCAGACGGAAAAGGCAAACAAGUACCGCCUCAAGUACAUUCGCGCAGAGAGUUUCCGCAAGGCGCUUGUGUACCAGAAGCGCUAUCUCAUUCUUCUGCUCGGCGGCUUCCAGGAAUCAGAGAGCGCGACGUUGCGCGCCAUUGCACAACUUGGCGACCUAUCAGAGUCGACGCUCAGUCCCCUGCGUCGCCAGCAGCAGGACGAACACGGCCAUCACCGCCAUCGCCGCCAUCAUCAUCAUCAUCGUGGCGAGGAGGAGGAGGAGAGUGGUCUGCGCCGGUUCAAGCGGGCAGCGCUUACUGUUCGCGCUGCCGUUCGUCUGCGUCUUCUCAGAAAGCAGUGGCAGGGAGCGCGCGAGAAGCUCUCACGCGUGCCCUAG